AAAAAAUGGAGACAAGAGAGGAGAAAGCGCAAAUCGGGGGUUGCAUGGCCGGCUUCUUCAACAUCUUCGAUCGCCCUCAUCUUCUCUCCCCCAAACGCUUCGCAUUGCCCAGACGACUCUGCCCCUCCUCUUCUCCAGUGCUAACUGCUGAAUCUGAACCUGCAAGCUCCGCAGUGGAUUCAGGAGGGAUCCAGAAACAGCAGCAGAGUUUCUAUUCGAAUCUCCCAGUGAUGAAGUUUAAACAAGGAUCUUCUUCUUCUUCUAGGUCACCGUGGAGGUUCUCUAAAGAAGCUCCUAGGCUCUCCCUCGAUAGCAGAGCCGUCGUGGGACAGAUUCGCCACGCAGUCACAGAAGAGGAGUCAGUAGGGUCACCCAGCGUGAUUGCACGGCUCAUGGGAUUAGAGGCAUUGCCCAGCUGCUCACAUUCCCUGCAGAGAUCUGCUUCCGAGUCGAGGGUCAGCAGCAGAGAGUACGGGUUUCUCGACACCUUCAUCAGCUCUCAAAACCCGUCGAGCAUCGCAAGAGCUCCUCCAAGUCCAGCCCCUCAAAGACACCGAAAUAGCUUUUUGGAUUUCUUCCCCAGGCACAAGUGUGGAUUCGAAGCUCCCAACACCACUGAUCUCGAAACCCUUAAGCAACUUCUCGAAGCUCUUAGGCUCAAAGGGCUGUUGCACUCUUCAACAAACAGGAACCUCGUACAUCAAUCUCCGAUCAAACCACCCCCAUUUGGCAUCAGAUCUCAACUAUCCCCACCGUCGGGAAGCCCCAGGCGGAGUCGGAGGAGCACAGGUGAAAACAGCGUCGUCAAGACUCCUAACAGAAGACCAACUCUCAAGGAACAGCCGCAGCAGCAGAGGACUCACUCUCCACUCCUUUCUUGGCGGAGGAGACCUGAACCACUCAGGACCAUCAAUCCAAGCGGAUCCUUCGAGGACGAAUGCUUCACAACGCCACCAGGCUCUCCGGAAGAGAUGUACUGGAAGGUGGAUGAGUAUCACAGACAAGGGAAAACUUUAUUGGAGCGAUGCGACAAGCUGCUCCACAAUAUAGCCGACAUGGUUGAGUCACAGCCGAGUCCGGUCUCUGUUCUUGACGCCUCACUCUACCACGAGGACUCGUCUCCAUCCCCAGUCAUCAAACGCAGUCUUGACUUCACAGCUACUCUCUUGACAGAAACAGAGCAAGAGUUGUUGUCAAUGUCAUCAAUAUCCUCUUCGGAUUCUGAAUAUGUAUACAUCUCCGACAUCCUCCGAGCCUCCGAUUGCCUACCACAAGAGUCGGACAUCUUCUCGGUGCUGGAAAAGCAGCGAUACCUCAAAGGCAAACGCGCCUCCGGAGCCGCAGCACAGGAGAGAAGGCUCAUCUUCGACGCCGUGCAGGAGAUCUUGGGGCGGAUAAGGAGGUUGCCGCCGUGGAGAAUGGUGGCAGAGGCUGACAACAUGCAGGUGAUCUGGUCCGAGUUUCAGAAGAUAAGAAUGAAAAGGUCGUCGACGGAGGAAAAAGACGACCUGGCCGGAUACGUCUGCGGCGUCCUGGGAAGAGACCUAUCAGAGGACCGGUGGCGAGACUGUCAGGUGGAGAUGUCAGAAGCGGUUCUUGACAUCGAGAGGCUCCUUUUCAAAGAUCUCAUCGGUGAAACCAUACUCCAUAUGGCUGCUCUUAAGAGCUCCCACUCGCUGCGUAGGAGGCUGCUCUUCUGACCACACACGAUUCAUCAUAUUCCAAAGAAAAAAAAAGAGUAUAUUUUUUUAAAAAAAUUCUCUGACAUAAAAACAGAAACCUUAACCUCACCUAUCACAAACGAAUACAAGC